UAAGGGUCAGCUCCUAUAUUUUUUGAGGAACCCGUUUGCCUCAGGGGCAUAGCUUAAUCUGUCUGGGAGCAGGGUAGCUACACCAUCUGUGAUCUAAUGGAGCCUUGCAGUAAGCAGCUUAAAACGUAGCAAGCAGCCAGGUCCACAAAGCAAGUUCCAGAACAGCCAGGGUCACACAGAAAGUCCUCGUCUGGCAAGAACAACAACAAAAAUCUCUUCUUUAUCAGAAACAUCAGAACAUCAGAAAUGUGUUUGCAAAUACCCAUGUAUACACAUAUGUGCUUGUGUGUGUGUGAGCAGGUGUGCACAUGCGUGUGUACAUGUGUACAUUUGCUGUCGGAAAGCUCUGGUAUCUGUCCCUCUCGGCUCUCACAAUGCUGGGCUUAGACUCCCACAUUAAUGGCCUAGCUUUUUACAAGACUCUGAGAGAUCUGGACUCAGGUUCUCAUAGUUGACCAACUAAGUCAUCCUCUUACCCUAUGGCAAAUGGAGUUCAUUGUUAUUUCUCAAUUUGAAGAGAAAUGAGAAAUUCUAAAAGCCAACACUUAACCGUAAAUCACGACAGUGAGUAAAGACCCACUCCCUAAAUCUGGCUAGGGAAUUUUAAACUAGGAUGAAUCAUUCAAGGUUCCACAAAGGGAAAAUAUGUGCAUCUGACGGCUCUCACCAUGGGGGAGGAGAAAGAAGGCUCUGACCACCAUUGGACUAUUUUUGAGUGUUAAAGUAGAGUCUGCACCCUCCCACCCACCAGCAGGCAUUGCAGAGGUAGGAAAAGGGAGAAAGCCUCUACCUCCAGAAGAACCAUCAGCUCAGUAUACAUUUCUAGGGCAAGUCCAGGGACACAUCCUGCAGUGACAUUAUCAGUCAGCGAUUUAUAUCCUCAAGACAAGAUAAAAGGCCACGGACUAAACACAGGAAGAGAGGAGGAUGGCAAUGGCUCUCAGGGUGACAGCAGAUGUGUGGCUGGCAAGACCCUGGCAGUGCCUGCACAGGACGAGGGCACUGGGCACUACGGCAAAAGUGGCCCCCAAGACACUGAAGCCCUUUGAAGCCAUACCACAAUACUCCAGGAACAAGUGGCUGAAGAUGAUACAGAUCCUGAGAGAGCAGGGCCAAGAGAACCUACACCUGGAGAUGCACCAGGCCUUCCAAGAGCUGGGGCCCAUUUUCAGGCACAGUGCAGGGGGAGCACAGAUUGUGUCUGUGAUGCUGCCUGAGGACGCUGAGAAGCUGCACCAGGUGGAGAGUAUCCUCCCGCAUCGGAUGCCCCUGGAGCCGUGGGUGGCCCACAGAGAACUCCGUGGCCUGAGAUGUGGUGUGUUCUUGCUAAAUGGGGCAGACUGGCGCUUCAACCGACUGCAGCUGAAUCCAAAUAUGCUGUCACCAAAAGCCAUUCAAUCUUUUGUCCCCUUUGUGGAUGUGGUAGCAAGGGACUUUGUGGAAAACCUGAAGAAGAGAAUGCUGGAGAAUGUUCAUGGAAGCAUGUCUAUAAACAUUAAGUCCAAUAUGUUCAACUAUACCAUGGAAGCCAGCCAUUUUGUUAUUUCCGGAGAGCGUCUGGGCCUCACAGGCCAUGACCUGAAACCUGAGAGCGUGACAUUCACUCAUGCUCUGCACUCAAUGUUCAAGUCCACCACACAGCUCAUGUUCUUACCCAAGAGCUUGACUCGUUGGACAAGCACCCGGGUGUGGAAAGAACACUUUGAUUCCUGGGAUAUCAUCUCUGAGUAUGUCACAAAAUGUAUCAAGAAUGUGUAUCGCGAACUGGCAGAGGGUCGCCAACAGUCCUGGAGUGUCAUAUCCGAGAUGGUAGCACAGAGUACUCUGUCAAUGGAUGCCAUCCAUGCCAACUCAAUGGAACUUAUUGCUGGAAGUGUUGACACGACAGCAAUCUCCUUGGUAAUGACCCUUUUUGAGCUGGCUCGGAACCCAGAUGUUCAGCAGGCCCUGCGGCAGGAGAGCCUAGCAGCUGAGGCCAGCAUCGUUGCUAAUCCCCAGAAGGCCAUGUCAGACCUGCCCUUGCUGCGGGCUGCCCUUAAAGAGACCUUGAGGCUCUACCCUGUUGGUAGCUUUUUAGAGAGAAUCGUACACUCAGACCUGGUGCUUCAGAACUAUCAUGUCCCUGCUGGGACAUUCGUCAUAAUUUAUCUGUACUCCAUGGGCCGAAACCCUGCAGUGUUCCCAAGGCCUGAGCGCUACAUGCCUCAGCGCUGGCUGGAGAGGAAAAGGAGUUUCCAGCAUCUGGCCUUCGGCUUUGGGGUGCGCCAGUGCCUGGGGCGGCGCCUGGCAGAGGUGGAGAUGCUGCUCCUGCUUCACCAUAUGCUGAAAACCUUCCAAGUGGAGACACUGAGACAAGAGGAUAUGCAGAUGGUUUUUCGCUUUCUUUUGAUGCCCAGCUCUAGUCCUUUCCUUACUUUCCGGCCUGUGAGCUAGUCACCUUACAUCUGGGGCCCUAGUCAGUCCACCAGCCUACCUCUGUCCUGACACCCAAGGUCACACUUCUCUGCCAGCAGAAUUUUUUGUGGGGAGGAGGUCACACUGUCAUCAUUCAACACAACUGUACACAGUUUACAGCUGAAGACCUCCAGCAUCAGGUACAAGCAAGGCCAGGGAAGAGAUUAGGACUAUCUUCAGGGCAAUAGGUAGUCUCUCCUGAGCGGUCUUCCCCAUUCUUUCCAACGGUCACUCCAGGUGGCCACGGCCUUUAAAGGGUCUCAGAGUAAAGCCAGAAGUCAACUCCUCCUUAUGUCCUCAUUAUUAUGACAUGACCCACCAAAACAUUUUCACACACAGAUGGGAAUUUUUGGGCAAAAGAUACAUAGAUGAUAGAUAGAUAUAUGAUAUAUUACAUAUGAUAGAUGAUAGAUAGAUAGAUGAUAGAUAGAUAGAUAGAUAGAUAGAUAGAUAGAUAGAUAGAUAGAUAGAUGAUGGAUGACCAGUCAUUUAUGUCUGUGUUUUGUUUGAAGCCUUUCACAGUGGAGCUGGCACAUACGAGCUGGUGAGUCUACAGUGUUUUAAGAGUAGACACAGCUGCACUUGCUAAGGACUGGGUGGUUGUGGUAUCAGAGAUGCAGGCAGGAGGACCUGCUGGAACCCAGAUACUGUGUGAAGUCCCCACAGGGACAGUGGUCUUCCAUGAGGUCAAGGUGUUUCCUGACUUCUGCCAGUGCAUGCUGCUUGGGCAAAGGUAAUUCUCUUGACUUGUGAAAGUGGCCCAGAGCAUAAGAUUUUUUCAGGUCUCCUUUCAGCUGCAAGUCGGUAGGGCGAAAAGUUUUGGCCAAGAACAACCACUUCACAGGGUCUCCUGUGCUCAGCACUAAAGCACAAAUCUACUGGAGAUGUGUGUGCCAAAUUCCAAGGUCUUAGACCUUUGAGUGUGAGGCAGUAUAGAGUCAGGGCCUUUAAUGAUAUAAUUCGUGUGAAAUGAGAUUACUGGGUUGUGCCUACUCCAGUGCCCAGAGAGCCUCCCAAGAAGAGAGUGAGGUGCCAGGUCACAGAGACAGACCCAAGUGGAAGACAGGAAGUCAGACUUCUGUAAGCGGAGGAAAGCAGUUGGAACUCCUACAGUCUUGGCUCCAUCACUCAAUCACUUCCCUGGCUGUGAAAAAUAAACUUGAGUUGUUGAAGUCCC